GACAGCGCCACCGUCCGAGAGUGGUUCAGGCCUGGCUCAGAGACUGCUAUGUUUGGCUCUGGAUAUGCUUGGUUGGUUUUCGCCAACCACCGCGACCGCGACGAAUCCCUGCACAAGAUGCUAUGCCUCGAGAAGGACGGGCGAGGGAUCGUCUGGGAAGAUCCGGAGACUGGCCAGCGUCAAGUCCUGGACUUCGGGGUGCCGCGCUGUGAGCCCACCAACGUCCGGUGGGAGCAUUUGGGCCUCGGUAUUUGCUGUCGUCGCUCGCUCUUCCUGGGCGCCUUGCUGCUCUGGCUUGCUGCAGCAGGCUUCUUGGCCAUCAGCAUCUAUGUACCUUAUGCGGAGUAUGUGACCUCCUUCUUGGAGGAGGCAGGCAAAUUCCCUCAAGGCUUCAUGAUGGGCCUGCUCGGAUUCCUGAUUGGACUGACAUGGUGGGCCAUGUGCAUGAUGAUAGGGACUUGCGUGAAUGUCGCGGGCUUCCAGACGAUUGAAGACGAGAACCUCUUCAUUUUCAUUACAUUUACCAUCUUCUGCGUUGCUGCCUCGGCCUUCAAUGUCUACCUGACCUGGUACUACACGCAGGACCUUUGGCAACAUCACACCAGCAGCUGGUUUCAGAGAGUCAAAGGCUUCCUGUUGGACACCGGCGGCCCUGUGACGACACUGCGGGACUUGAGGAAGGAGAUCGACUUCGGCUUCAGAGUCUUCCAAGUGCUGGUGCCGGGCGUGCUGUUCACCCCCUGUCUGCUGAGCCCGCUGAACAACUUCCUGAUUCCGUACUUUCGGGAGUCGGCUUUGCUGCUACUCUUCGGACAAGGAAAGAGUGGCAGGGAAGCGGAGAGGUUCCUGGAGCCACUGCCCAUAGGCCUUGCCUGGGACUACCAGGGCCACGUGACGCUGCCUUGUUGCUGCUGUCUCACGCUCUUCAUCAUGUCCCCUUCCAUGUGGUGGACGCAGGCUUACCUGUGCGUCUGGGCCUUCUUCUUCUACUUCUUCCAGCGCUUCAUGCACCUCCGCGUCUGCAAGAAGAUGUACUGCACAUCGAACAAGCUGGACAGCAUGGUCCUCUACUUCGGCUGGGGAUUGCUCCUUGCGGAACUGGCGGCUUGCCACGCGUACUGGAGAGUCAGGCUUCAGGAGUGGCAGUGGAUAUCGAUCCUGAAGGCAGUGGCGCUCUCUUACGCUGUCUACUGGUCGCUCCUCUGGGCCUUGGGUGUUCCCUGGCCGCUUCGCUUCCGGGGCGAGCUCGACCGAUUGGAGCGGACACGAGAAAGAUCUGACGAUCGAUGCCAAAGCUGCGAGGACUUCUGCUACAACUGGCUCAACGUGAAUCCAGUUUAUGUCCUGAAGAGCCAGUACUGCGCUGACGAGCUCGGCCUGGAUCCCUGUGUCUUCUACGAGCCCGGAAAGGAGUAUCUCCAGCUGGCUCCCGGGGACGGAGACCUGCACGCAGCGCAGAGCCAGCGAUGGAAGAAAGCAAGUGCAGGCCUAUGGCUGGAGUUUGAAGGGCUGGGCUGCAUUGCGCCUAUCUGUUUCGACGAGGUGUGCACGGACGUGAGCAGUCCAACCAGGUCGGACUCAAGAAAUCGACUCCUGCGCACUAGUGACCACGACUUGUCUUUUGGCGAGGCCGAUCCUACGCCAUUCCUGAAUGAAAACGCCAAGGACUCCCCGUCGGCCUCGGCCGCCCUGGCAUCGGUCCCGGGCGAUCAGGACCCCAUGGACGUCUCGGACUUCUUGGAGCCCAGCCCGCGGGAUGCGGCACAGCGCAGCACAUCGUCAGCAGCCAAGCGGGAGGGGCUCCGGGACGUCUUCGAUGCUCCGGAGCCAAGCGCCCCCGAUGCUGCGACAGACCAGCCGGACGCAAAGCACGAGGCUCCCUCGGACGCCUCCGACCCGCCGGAGCUGAGCGGUCCCAGCCCGGUGCAUGGAAAGGUUCUGAUGUGCCCUGGGUAUGCCCUGGGUAUGCUGUAUGCUUUUGCGGUUGCGGGGCUACGGUCCAGCCUGUUCUCGCUUCUUCACUUUACAAAGAGCUUGGCUGCCAACACUAGGAGUCAGCCGAAGAAAACCACUCGGGCGCCCGAAGUGGGAGAGCUGGUCAAGGAACGGAAGCCUCUGCGAGCCAUGAGCCUCAAGACGAGAGCUGGGCUGGUGAGCUCGAAGAGUGCAGCCAAAAAGACAAGUGCUGUUGCAAAGGUGUUUGGGACAGCCCAAGAGGAGGAAGAUGCCUUCCGGGACAUCCUCGAGUGGGAGGCCAACGUAAAGGAGUUCAUGGAUGCCGCUGCUCAGGGUGGCGGCACGCCGGCUGGUACUGCCAAGGUGAUCACCAACGGCUUGAUGGCCCAGCCUGAAGAUGUGCGCCCUCCUUGGACGAAGGGCCGCUCCGAAGCCGAGAUCAGCGAAAUCGUUACGCAGUCGAUCUGUGAGGCAGUAGAGGCCUCAUACGUCGUCAAGGACUACAUGGAUGCAGAGCGCGCCAAGGGGCGAAACUUUGACGACAUCUACAGCGAGGUUAGAGUUUGGUCUUUGCGUGUUCAUGUCCAGGGCCGAAUUUGGUUUUGGGCAGAGAGAAUCGUGGUAGGUCGCGGAAAAGGGAAGGUCAAGGGCAAGGAGGAUGACAGCGACGGGUCCGAGGAGGCGACUUCGGACUCCGGAGACUCCGGAACCGGUUGGAGUCAGCGCUCUGAAGCGUUUUUCGCGGGGUCUGAGUUGAUUUCGGAUCCGAUGCCCUCGCGAGGCUACGGUGGAAAAGGCCACACCAAGGCCAAGCCGCGCGAACCCACGACAACCCAACGCCGGGAAGGUGACAGGCUCUUCACAGAUGAGGAGCACCGAAAAUCCCUGGAUCGCCUUCUGGAGAUUCAAGCCCGGCUGGAGGCGAAGUGGAGCGAGCUACCGCUGGUGGAGGAGCCUUUGAAACAGCAGUGCCGAUAUGCCUUGCGCCUUUGGCGGGAGCUGUCCCUGAGGAUCGGCCCAAGCCCUCCGCCGCCAGAUGUGCCGGUGCGGCUCGACGGUGAGAACUUCGCGUGA